GUAUCUGGGGCAACCAAUGGGCCAUAGAGGGGAAAUAAUAACAACAACAAUAAUGAUAACAGCUGAUAUUUAUUGACCACUUACUAGGCACCAGGCAUUGUAUUAAUGCUUUACAUAUACCCUCACUUUAUCCACAUCACAUCCCCGGAUAAGUUUGAUUAUCUUCAUUCUAGAUACAAAGGUAACUGAGGCUCAGAGAGGUUAUGGAAUUUUCAUCCAGAUUGCAAGGUGCAGAGCCCAGGCUUGAACCCAGGUAUGUCUGAUUCCAGAAUCACUUUGACUAUUAUUCCAUGGAGAAAAAAGAAGUGUGUCUCUGAAAUGGGCAUGCUGAUGUUCAAGAUGUUUCAUAAGGACGCCUUGGGUUACCAAAAGUAGACACACACACACACCCUCCACAUACUAUCCUCACAUCCCAUUUGGUCACACACGGUGAAUACAGCCUUCUCCCGGUCAACUACCUCUCACACUCAGCUUGACAGUCUAAGCCCACCUUACCCACCCACCAUUUUCACCAUCCCCCUGCCUCCUUUCCCCCUAACCUCAUCCAUCCCCCAUUUUCCAACCUAAGUAGACUCGCUGCCAGCUGUUCCCCCACAUCCUCUGGCCUCCCUCGCUUUGUGUCUUUGCUUACAUGGUUCCCUCUGCCUGAACCCUCCUCCCCUCUCUCUUCCCUGUACAUCCAGCUCUUCAGUGUUUUUCAUCCCCAGCCAAGCUGUCAUUUCCUGUAAGACCAUGCCCUGACCUCUGGCCCCAAGGCACUGGAGGCUGACUCUCCCACCAAGUACCCUGGCAUUAAAGUCAGAUCCCCUGCAGCCUUGAUUUAAGUCCUUUGCAUGUGCCUGCCCUCCGUGGGGACUGCAGACUCCUUCCAACUCUGAGCCUGGCUCCUGUUGGGUAUCUAUUUGCUCCCUGCCUUGUAUCGGCUCCAGGGGCCUAGGGUGGGGGUAAAGAAGAGACACGACACCAACUUUCCAUCCGUUGACUGGUGGGUUGGAGAUAAAGGGGGCAAGGGAUCAAUUUCUAGAAGAUGUGGCUGAAAAUGGAGCAGCCCCCCUCUUCCCCAUCACUGUGACCACCAACUGUCUUUAUGGGGAAGUCUGUCCUUGAAUGUAUCAGAAAUUGGAGCUGGGUCAGGGAUUGGUACUGACACUUGGAGGACCACUGUGCUUUAGUUGUCAAACCUGUCAUUUCCAUCCUUCCGGUCAUGUUAGAGAGCACAACUCAGCCUGCAGGCCUCUGGUCUCUUGGGGCUUUAAAUGCACUUAAUUAUCAGUGUGAACAAAAGCUGAUUAUUAACCUCCUCAUUGAUUGUGAUAGCACAGAAAAUCUGCUCCAUCCAUCCACCAAAAUGCAGAAGGAGAUCCAAGCAAGCAUCAUGAAAGUGCUUCUGUAAGUCUAAUUUAAAUCUUUAAAUUAAGGAAAUUAAAUACUUUGGGGUAAGUCCAUUUCCUCUUGUGAGGGAGAUACCAAGGGAAGACUUCUUCAAUACCAAUUUAGUCCCUAAAGAAAAUUGGAGUAGAGGGCUUCCCAGGUGGCUCAGUGGUGAAGAAUCCACCUGCCAAUGCAGGACACACAGGUUCAGUCCCUGGUCUGGAAAGAUCCCUCAUGCAGAUCAACUAAGCCCGUGUGUCACAAACUACUGAGCCCGCUUGCUGCAACUAAAGAGUAGCCCCUCUCUCUACAACUAGACAAAAAUCCGCACAGUGACGAAGAGCCAGCACAGCCAAAAAUAAAUAAUUUUUUAAAGAAGAAAACUGGAGUAGAAAUUCAUAAUCCUGAAGCCAUUAGUCACACAGCUAGAGCUGGGAGCAGAAGCAAAAGACACUGGAGGUGGGGCUCCAUCUUCUACAGAGGAUGGCACUAAGGUUACACUGAAACCCCUGCAAAAUCAAAGCUGGACCAAAGGGAUUCAGGCCCACAAGAGAAUUGGGAAAGACAGCAAAGGGAGCAGUGAGGCACUCCCUAGAAAUGGGACACCAGGCCACCAAAGCCAGGCAUGCCCGGCCAGGGUGACCUCUGCUGUUCCAGGAUUUAAUUACCCCUUUGCAUAAUAACAAGUCAUAUUUAAAAGCAAAGGAAGCCAAAGAUGAUUUGCGUAUUUCUCUUUAAUGCAAGCUGCUGAGUUCACACUCUGGUUUCCUCUGUCCAUAAUUGGACACAUAAUUAACUACUAUUAUGACAGCUUGUAGCCUUCUAGGGUUUUGGCCAUGAGCAAGCAUCAGUUGAGGAGAAGGCUUUGGAUCAGACUUUGGAUCUGAUUUCUCUAAGACCCCAAAGCCUAGCAGUCUGGGCUCCUGCCUCCAUGAGGAACUUAACUCUCAUUCAGUCCUGAAGACUCAGACCCUUGAGUCUUGGCAGAGGGCUAGGAGCCUCCUUCCAGAUUCUGACUUUGCCCUUGAUGGACCCUUCUGUGCUUUACCUUGUUUUUUUUUUUUAAUCAUUAUUUUUAUUUGUUUGUUUCUGACUGUGCUGGGUCCUUGUUGCUGCGAGGGCCUUUCUCUAGUUGUGGAGAGCGGGGGCUACGCUCUAGUUGCAGCAAGUAAGCUCAGUAGAUGUGGCUCUCAGGCUGUACAGCACAGAUUCAACAGUUGUGGCACACAGGCUUAGUUGCCUCACAGCAUGUGGGAUCUUCCCAGACCAGAGCUCAAACCCGUGUCUCCUGCGUUGGCAGGCAGAUUCUUUACCACUGAGCCACCAGGGAAGCCCCCGUGCUUGAUUGUAAAUAAGCCAUUGGUUCACUCUGAGUUCACCUUCCUAAUCAAGUAAAUGGGCACAGUAAUUCUGACCUCAGAAGAAUGCCCUCGGGGUUAGAUGAAAUAAUGCAGUAUAAAUUCCUCACACAUUGUAUGUGCUUGUGUCCUCAGUCGCUUCAGUCGUCUCCUGCUCUUUCCAACCUCACAGACUGUAGCCCACCAGGCUCCUCUGUCCAUGGGAUUCUCCAAGCAAGAAUACUGGAGUGGGUUGCCAUGCCUCCCUCCAGGGGAUCUUUCCAACCCAGGGAUUGAACUCGCUUCUGUUGCGUCUCCUGCCUUGCAGGCAGAUUCUCUAACUGCUGAGCCACCCAGGAAGCCCACACAUUGUAGGUACUCCAUAAAUGUAAACUCCCUUUCUCCUCACCAGUAGAGUGGAGAGAAGUAUGAGGGGUGGGGGUGGAGGAUCCAGCCUUACUGGGUGAGGAGCUAUGAGCUGAGUUCUGACAGAGAGGAGAGAGAGUUUUUGUCCCAGGGGAAACAGGAGGAAUGGCAAAUUAAUAAUAGAAUAAACAGAACAAACAACUAACUAACAUUUAUGGAGCUCUUAUUAAGAGCUAAGUAGGGCCCUAAAUGCUACCCUGUCCAUUGCGCCCCAGCGGGUGCUGUUAGGAUCCCUAUUUUACACAUGAGGAAACUGAGGUUCAGAAAGGUUAUUCACCUGUCCCAGAUCACGACAAGAAUCUCCAGAACUGACCUCUAAGAUGCCUCCCCUUCAACACACACACAGACACACAACACAUACACACACAGAGACCUCGUAGAGCCGCACGGGCAACUAAGACCAAAGCUGCCCAGCCUGCAGGGCGGUGGCGCAGGCUGGUGGGGCCGGGGUGCCUAGCUGCCCAGUUUGGGACUAGAACCAAUGCCCCUGCGCUUCCCGGCCCAGUCCCGGCCUAGGGCCGCGGGCGGCCGGCCCCAAGCCCGCAGCGCACGGCCGGCGAGGCUGAGCAGGCGCUCCCCGGUCCCAUAAAGCGCGCGCGGGCGGGAGGUGAACGCCGUUUUAUGGAGGCAGCCGGGAGGCCUGGUUCACUUUAAUUCCGGCUCGCAGAGGCUCGCAGCCCGACCUCCAAGCUCAUAAACGAGUGGGCCGAGCGCUCCUCCUUCCGGCCCGCGGGCCGCGAUAUAAGGCACAUGGUGGGCUUCUGGGUCCAGCUGCCCUCUCCCACCGCCGCUCGCCGCCACAGCACCAUGUCCUGCCUCUCAUCGCGCGUCUGCAUUCCCGGCGGGGUCCGAGCCUUCAGCUGCGUCUCCGCCUGCGGACCCCGGCCCGGCCGCUGCUGCAUUACGGCCGCCCCCUACCGCGGCAUCUCCUGCUACCGCGGCCUCACCGGGGGCUUCGGUAGCCGCAGCGUCUGCGGGGGCUUCCGCGCCGGGUCCUUCGACCGCAGCUUCGGGUACCGCUCCCGCCGCGUGGGCGGCCCCUGCCCUCCCUGCAUCACCACGGUGUCAGUCAAUGAGAGCCUCCUCACGCCCCUCAACCUGGAGAUCGACCCCAAUGCGCAGUGCGUGAAGCAAGAGGAGAAGGAGCAGAUCAAGUGUCUCAACAACAGGUUUGCUGCCUUCAUCGACAAGGUGCGCUUCCUGGAGCAGCAGAACAAGCUGCUGGAGACCAAGCUGCAGUUCCACCAGGACCGCGAGUGCUGCGAGAGCAACCUGGAGGCCCUUUACGAGGGCUACAUCCAAACGCUGAAGCGGGAGGCUGAGCAUGUGGAGGCUGACGGCAGGAGGCUGGCCUCACAGUCCAACCACAUACAGGAGGCACUGGAGGGCUACAAGAAAAAGUAUGAAGAGGAGGUGGCCCUCAGGGCCACUGCUGAGAAUGAAUUUGUGGCCCUGAAGAAGGAUGUGGACGGAGCCUACCUCCGUAAGUCAGAGCUGGAGGCCAACGUGGAGGCCCUGACCCAGGAGACUGACUUUCUGCAGAUGUAUGAGGAGGAGCUCCAAGUUCUCCACACCCACAUCUCAGACACCUCGGUCAUCGUCAAGAUGGACAACAGCCAGGACCUGAACAUGGACAGCACUGUGGCUGAGAUCCAGGCUCAGUAUGACGACACCGCCGGUCGCAGCCGGGCCGAGGCUGAGUCCUGGUACCGCAGCAAGUGUGAGGAGAUCAAGGCCACAGUGAUCCAGCAUGGGGAGACCCUGCGCUGCACCAAGGAGGAGAUCAACGAGCUGAACUGCAUGAUCCAGAGGCUGACGGCCGAGGUCGAGAAUGCCAAGUGCCAGAACUCCAAGCUGGAGGCUGCAGUGACCCAGGCUGAGCAGCAGGGUGAGGCGGCCCUUAAUGAUGCCAGCUGCAAGCUAGCAGGGCUGGAGGAGGCUCUGCAGAAGGCCAAGCAGAACAUAGCCUGCCUGCUCAAGGAGUACCAGGAGGUGAUGAACUCCAAGCUGGGCCUGGACAUCGAGAUUGCCACCUACAGGUGCCUGCUGGAGGGCGAGGAGCAGAGGUUGUGUGAAGGCAUUGGAACUCUGAAUGUCUGUAAGUAAUCUGUACUGUGGGUCCUAAAAUAAGAGCCUGGGGUUCCUGGUGGGCAAACUUUUUACCAAAUGGCCAAAUAGUAAAUAUUUUAGACUUGGUGGGUCAUGCGGUCUCUGCUCAACUGCUCUGCUUGUUGUAAUGUGAAAGCAGCCACAGCCAUAGCAAUACUUAAUAGAUAUGAUUAGGUUUCAAUAAAGCUUUAUAUACAAAGACAGGAGGCCCUCAAGGGGCCACAGCUUAAGACCCUGAAAGGAAGGAGGGGGUGUGGCAGUGAAUGAUUGUAAUUACUUAAAUAGAUGUUCCUGCCUAUAGGGAGGGCCUGGUCUAACAGUUUUUCUAGGAUGCUUGAGGUUGGACUACAGGAAGGAGUGUUCGGAUAUGAUGGUGUUUGACGGGGAAGGGGAAUAGAAUGGAGGGAAGGGGCUCUGAGCAAGAGAAGAAUGGGUGGGGGGACUCUGGCUAGCAGGCAGGAGCCGCUGACGACAGCCUUGCACGAGGACUGAGCCACAUCUUUCUCGCCCCGCAGGUGUCAGCAGCUCCCGCGGCAGGGUCGUCUGCGGCGACCUCAGCAUGUCUGGCUCCCGGCCGGUGACGGGCAGCGUCUGCAGCGCCCCCUGCAGCGGGAACCUGGCGGUGAGCACCGGCCUGUGCGCGCCCUGCGGCCAGAGCAGUGAUAACAGCCGCCUGCUGCGCUUUGCAUAGCGCCUUCCGCUUUGUAAAUUCACCGCUCCGCAAGCCAAUCCUACCUGCCUCGAGCGGCGGCGGGUCUUGGAGCUUCUGGAACUAGCCGGCUUGACCUGCCCCAACGGCUGCUUUCUCCUCCUGCAUCUCUCCUCCGCUUUGUCUCUUCAUUUCUUUCAGGGAGAGGGGCGGGCUACUCGCCCCCAGCCCCCCAGAGUCAGAAUGACCGGUUUUCUCCAGCCCUGGGCAAAGAGCCCAUCCAGACUCGGGCUUGGACGCCCUUGGCUUCUAAGGGACAGACUGGCCCCAGGGCCCCUCGGGUGCCUCCUAAACCCUCCCACGGUGCCCGAGUUUGAGUCCCCGGGGGUGGGGGGAACAACUGUAUGCCCCCGCCUCCCUCCCACUCUCUCCCUUGUGCUUGGUCUCCAAGUUUCCAAUUAAGCUCAUGACCCAAAUAUAACGCUCUCUGAGAAUCUCCCUACACAUGUGGACUGCCAGCUCCGUUUCUGCCCUCUUCCAAGGGAACAGAGGAACUGUUCUAAGCAAAGAGGGAGAGAGGGCUGUCUCUAAGGUACCCUGCCCCUAGGACCACACUGUACAACCUGAAGGGUGCCUGGGGGUGUCCUGCAGCCCCCAAAAUCCAGACACACAGAGGCAUAAGGGGGAGCUGGGAGGGAAGUGAGAGGGGCUGCAGGGAGGAGUGGUAGCCAGCAGGGGAAGGGUCUCAUCAUGUGUGGCCGCUGAAACACCAGUGGUCCCCUUCCUCUACUCCCUCACUCCACUCCCACCUCAGUGUAUGAAAAUUCCUGACCAUGGGACCAAACACACAGCCUUCACCUCUUCCCACAAACCAACACUUCCUAGAUAGUCCCCUCCAACCCUGCCCCCACACCCACCACCACCAUCACCUCCAGGACAUCCCAGUCAGAGACCUCCUACCUCCCCUCCAGUACCCAAGAUAUGAGCUGCUGUCCAUCAGAGAUGGAUACUCCCAAGCACAGACCCCCCAAACACCCCACACACUCACAGACACACACACCACGUCAGAGACCCUGACAUAUACAGACGUCCCAUCAAGUAGAGCCUUAACAUACCGAUGCCCGACCCGAUCCCCACCCCAUCAGGGAUCCAGAUCCACAGCCCGUCCCUGGGUGACGGGGGUGAGACAACCCCCUACCAGGGAUCCAGACUCUGGGACCCCCUCACCCUAAAGUCCUCCCAAACACACACAGACCUCCUCCCACUUCCAUCACUCCCACAGAAUCCUAGAACCCCUCCAGGACCUCAGACACACACCAUCCAGGGCCCAGGGCCUGGCCAACUCAGCACCAGGAAGGGCUGAACCGCCAGUUGGCCGGUCCACCCGAAACCCAGGCCCGGGGCAGCUGAAUGUUUGUGGUCUUCUCACCACUGAGGAAUGUUCUCUGACAGCACAGGGCAUUGGCAGGAGGAGGGGGUGUGCAAACAGCCCUCCCACCCCCUCAGCAGGAGAGGAGUCCUGUGCCCACUUCCUGGCAGAACCAGAACUUCCAGGGCUUUCUGGCUUGUUCAGGAGAGGAGCUGGAAUCAGCCCCAGCCUUGAGAGGGGCC